AUGUUUAAUGGCUUCUCUUCGUUCAGACAAGACUUGUCCUCCAUCAAGGGGCCUACAGCAACGACAACGACAGCCACGCCAGAGGGAGGAGAUUAUAACCUCUACGUGAGUGCUCAAAGAUUUCCGAUACAAUCUAAUGGUGGAAUGAAACCCUUAGAAGUGAAUACAAAAAAGAAGCCACAAGGAACAACAAUGAUUAAAGGAAAGUCAAUAGUUGAUUCGAGGCAGGGAUAUUAUAUUUCUCAGGAUUUUGAUACAGGGAGUGUAAUUUAUGAUAAUGCUCCUUCGGUGGCUUCAUCCGUUGAUAAUGCAAUGACUAAAUCAACUUCAUCAUCUAUUGGAGAAGUAAUGUAUCCCGAACAUUUGAUGCAAUCAUCAUAUCAACCUUCUCCAACAAAUUCCUAUCAACAAUCAAUUCAAGGAUCAUUUCAACAGCCUUCAUCAUUAAGUCCAACUGGGUAUCAAAAUUACCAAACACAAUCAACAGAAUACAAAUCGCCAAGAAAGAAGAAUGUUGAUGAAAUUACAAUCCACGUUCAUGAUGAUGCCAACAAAGUGAAUAAGGAUUUUGUGUGCAAUAGAGAUUUAUUAAUGAAUGAAAUGAAAUACUUUAAAUAUUAUUUAUUGCAACCAAAAGCAAAGAAUGAGGAAAUUGAUAUUUCAGUCCACUGUGAUGUAAAUAUUUUUCAAUGGUUGAUGGAUUACAUUAAGAAGGAUCCACUCUCCGCGCCAAAGUUAGAAGUGAACUGGGCUAUUUCAAUUUUAAUAUCGUCUCAUUUCCUUGAAAUGGAUUCUCUGGUUGAGAGAACUUUAGAUUAUGUUCGAGAUCACAUUGACAGUAUACUUAAACUUCCAAUUGAUUUGGAUUGUAUUCAGCAUGAUCUAUUGGAAAGAUUAUCUUUACGAUUCAAGGAUUACGAAUUGGACGAUGUUAAGGAUAAGAAGGAUAAAAUAUUAAGCAAACUAUUUAUGAAAAAAUUGGAAGAUUUAUUGGAAGAUGAGGAGUUUACAAUAUACAAAUGUCAACAUUGCCAAACAAUGUUUACCAAAUCACAAUAUGAAUGGAUGGUGUGCAAUAGUGAGAAGGCAAAAAUUCAGGUAGAUUUUCAUGGUAGAGCAAUUUCCAGACACACUGUGGACAAGAUAUGGAAUAUUGACGGAUAUUUGUACAAGUUGAAAAAAUCAGGAAUGAGCUGGAGAGAUAUUUAUUGGAGAUGUUGGAGUUUAGUCCAUUCAUACUUUUGCUCUAAAUGUAGACAAAAUUUUGUUGCUGCUGAAUAUGGCCACUGUACCUAUCACAAAAAAGAAGCAAGGUUCGAUAAGGGAACGAUAGUAGGAGAGCAUCCAUGUUGUGGAGCUAAGGCGUUGAAAUUUAAUAGUGGCAUUCUUGUUCAAAAAGGUUGUUGUUCAAAGAACCAUACCAUUGUAGAAUAUCAAGAUCAAGAUCUUGCUGUUGUAGACAAAUCACUUAAUGCCCUAUUUUCAAAACAUGCUGAUGUUCUAAUACCAUUCAUUGGUGUUGGAGACUCUGAAUCAUCUCAAAAAACCGAAGUGGAAGAUGAGGUGGAUGAUAUUGAACUGCUAAAACUUAAAAUUAGGAAAGAAGAGACCGAAGAUGAAGACGAGGAUGAAAGAGAAGAUUCUAUUGAUCUAUUCACAGAAAGAUCAUGUAAAUAUAAAAUAUUCGACGACUUUAAUGGAGGAAAUAGAACUGCAUUGGAAAAGUCUGAACCCACCGAAGAGAAAAAGAAGGUCAAUUCCAAAAGAUUUCACAGUAUGGAUAUUCAAAGAAAUAUCGAUAGAGAAAAUAUUGACGACAUUAUAAAAACCCUAAGGAAGUGCAGAAAAAGAGCUGAGGAACCUCAAUCGAGCUCAAAACCAAAGCAAACACCGAAAAAGAAAGCUCCUGCAAAAUCAGCUACACCUCUCAGAGGUAAAAAACCUCCAACAACCAGUACUACUGUCAAGAGAAAAUAA